AUGAUGGUAGCUGCAGAACUGAUGGAUCUUAAGAAGCAAUACAAAGAUGGCUACUACCGGGACUUCAAUAUUGAUGACUAUGAAAGUUUUCAGGGAUCAGAUGAUAUGGAUACUUUCUUCACCAUGACAGAAAAGCUGAAAAUUAUUAACUAUAUUUUGGGUACAAUCAGAGCCCUCCCUGAUGACAGCUGCAUACCUGGGUAUUCUAAUGCCACUUUAUACCAUGGAAAGAGUAUCUUGCGUAAAUACCAAAGUUCCGGAAUUGUUGAAGAAGUUUUUCCUUUACAUGAAGAUGAAAAAUUAAAACGUCUUGCUACCGACUGGUGGAAGUCUCCUUUUGGACAACAACCACUCAACCAGAUUCGAGAUUAUUUUGGAGAAAAGAUUGCUCUCUACUUCGCCUUCCUUGGGGUCUACACAGUGUCUUUGAUUCCUCCAGCCUUCAUAGGCAUCAUCUAUUUCAUCACGAGUUGGAAAAAUAUUUACCGUGAAGCUAUAUUUGCUGUUUUCAAUCUGGUCUGGACAACCAUCUUCCUUGAAUGCUGGAAACGCUACUGCUCAGAACUCUCAUUUCGAUGGGGGACAAUCAACAUGGUUAAAGAAUUUGAAGAGCCUCGUCCAAGUUAUCAUGGUAGACUGGGAAUAAAUUCUGUCACAGGACGGAAAGAACCUAUCUAUCCAAAAUGGAAGCAACGUAUUCGAUUCUAUGGCAUCACAGUACCAGUUAUUUGUUUCUGUCUGGUGAUUGCUUUUGAAGCCAUGUUAUUAUAUUUUCAAAUGCAAGAAUGGGCAAAUGCACUCUAUGAAAAGGAUCCAUCCUAUCUAAACUACGCCAACAUGAUGGCCUUCCCAAGUGUAUUAUAUGCAGUUGCUGUAUGUGUUAUGAAUAUUAUUUAUAACAAACUUAUUCGAAAACUAAACAACAUGGAGAAUCACCGAUUGCAGUCUUCAUAUGAUAAUCAUCUGAUCGUUAAAAUGGUUUUGUUCAACUUUGUCAACUGCUUCAUGUCUCUUUUCUACAAUGCCUUUUACCUUCAAGACAUGGCUUUGUUACGUAGUGAUUUAGUAGCUUUACUCAUUACACAACAAGUUGUUGACCAGCUUCAGGAAACAGUGGUACCGUUUUUGUUACAUCGCAACCGUGCCAAGAAAGUAGCCAAAAUGAUUGUAGCCUAUUCCAAAGAGCAAAGAGUUGACGACACUCCAGAAACCGAUGUCUCCAUUGAACUUCGAAAGAAAGCCAAUAUUGAAAUGAUCAUGGAUCCAUGUGUGACUCUUGAUGAUCAUCUAGAGAUGUUUCUUCAGUUUGGUUACAUCUAUCUUUUCUCUUCAGUCUACCCAUUGGCUGCCUUCUGGGCUCUUGUCAAUAAUAUAUUUGAAAUACGAACAGAUGCCUUCAAAAUGUGCAAUGUCUUCAUGCGGCCUUUUCCCAGAUCUGCUUCGAGCAUAGGUGCAUGGCAGGCAAUGUUUGAGUUAAUGGACUUCGUUGCUGUCAUCACAAAUUGUGCUUUGAUUGGGAUGAACCCCGAAGUGCAGAAACUCUUACCAGGACAUCAAACACCUGUUCAACUUGUCCUUAUUGUAGUGGUCUUAGAGCAUUUUAUUUUAGCUCUGAAAGCCUUAAUUGCUUUCAUGAUCCCAGAUGCUCCAAAGUGGGUCCAGCUUGAAGUGGCCAAAUCACAAACUCGAUUAUUAGAAAAGUCCACAUGUGCAAGUUCAAUAGGAAAUUCACAAUUAGUCCCCAUUUCCUCUUUGUUUCUUUUUCUAACUUCUUUCUUUUCCUUUCUCUCUCUCUCUUCCUACAUCACUCCCCCAUUUUUCUACUUCCUUUCUCUUCUUCCCUCAAUCUCACCUUUUCUCCUUAUCUUUCUUUUCUCUCUUUCUCUCUCUCUCAACAUUAAUUUUGUAUUUUUAUUUCUCAUACUUAUCUAUCUUUUACAUUUGAUUCUUCUUCCUGUCAUUCAUUUUCCCUCUUUCAUUCAUUUUCCCUCUUUCAUUCAUUCCCCCCUCCUUGUUUUCUUCUUCCCUCCUUGUUUUCUUCUCCCCUCCUUGCAUUCUUCUCUCUUUUUUCUUCCCCUUUCACUCUUCUCUCUCCUUUUCAUCUCCUCUCCUCAAUCCUCUCUCUUUCUUCUUUCUCUCUCUUCUUCCAAAAAUUCUUUUUUUUUUUUAAUAUUUCUAUUUCACCCUAAUUUCCUCAAUCCACUCAGUAACAAAACUUUAUCCUUCUGA